AUGGGUAGCAAGAAGAAGGAAAUUGCCCUUCAGGUGAACAUCAGCACCCAGGAGCUUUGGGAGGAAGUGCUCAGCGCCAAAGGACUAACUGUUGUUGACGUGUAUCAGGGCUGGUGUGGACCCUGCAAACCUGUUCUGAGCCUCUUCCAGAAGAUGAGGGUUGAGGCUGGCCCGGAGCGCCUGCAUUUCGCAACAGCAGAAGCAGACUGUCUCGACGUCCUUGAAAAAUACCGAGGAAAGUGUGAGCCAACCUUUCUGUUUUAUGCGGGAGGAGAGCUGGUGGCUGUGGUGAGAGGUGUGAACGCCCCACUGCUGCAGGAGACCAUCCUGGACCAGCUGGCGGCCGAGGAGCGAGUGCUGAGCGAGGGCAGAGAACGCAGAGUGAUCAAAGAUGCAGCUCUUAUUGAUGAAGAGGAACUUGAUUCCCAGAAAAAGGACGGUGGUGACGACGAGGGCGUGGUUUCCCCGGGAAAGAACUGUACUGUGGCCAUCAUUAAACCAGAUGCCGUGGUCCAUGGAAAUGCUGACGAGAUCAUGAUGAAGAUCCAAGAAGCUGGGUUUGACAUCUUGACCUGUGAAGAGAGAACUUUCACAGAGAGAGAAAUCCGGCUUUUCUACCAGCACAGAGCAGAAGAGGAAGCAUUUGAGAAGCUGAUACAUCACAUGUGCAGCGGACCGAGCUGUCUCCUGAUCCUUGCUCGGACUGGGGCCGCUGAGGACGUGGUCACAGCCUGGCAAACCCUCAUGGGACCCUGUGACCCCGAAGUGGCCAGGAGGGAGCACCCUGAAAGCCUUCGUGCUCAAUACGGCACAGAAAUGCCCUUUAAUGCCGUCCACGGAAGCCGGGACAGAGAGGACGCUGACCGAGAGCUGGAGAUACUCUUCCCCAAUUUCAAGUUCUCAGCUGACCGGAUGGAAGCCCCUCAGGACGGCCAGGCCCCGGGCAUGCCGGGCCCCACCAAGACGCUGGGCCCUGAGAACUGA